GUCUGAGUAGCUACGUGGUGAAGACGCUUCUAGAAGCAGUUACACUCCUUGACUGGUUUUAAUCCUCCAAAAAGCCCUGCUUAGUGAAAUAUCAAUGCUUUCCUUCUGCCCCCACUGGGAGGAGCUCUGGAGGAGAGAAGAGCCCAGGAGCUCCGGGCCUGGGACAAAAGCCCUGGGCUGUCCCUGCCACGCCAACCCAGAGAGAACGGGGAGGUUGCCAGGGACAGGAGGGGGCGAGGUAAGGAGGCCACGACAAACAGGAAGCCCCUAACCAGACACACGCGGCCAAGGAGAGUUACAGCGAGCAGAAGCAACAUCUCAAGACCAGCCUCCCAAACGGUUUCCAGAGAUGGAUUAUCUUAAAUUCUUCUUCGCUCUUCUUCACGUAUACAGAGCGCUAUGUGAAGAGAUGGUUUGGGACACGACUGUUAAGCUUGCUGAGAAUAUGAGUCUGGAGUGUAUAUAUCCGUCACUGGACACCUUAGUUCAGCUGGAAUGGCAGAAGAUCACUGCGGCCAACAGAGAGCUCAUGGCCAUUUUCAGCCCUACUUACGGUUUGAGUGUAAAGCCGCCCUAUACUGAUAGGGUUUACUUUUUAAAUUCCACCAUGGCGCCUAAUGAUAUGACCCUGUCCUUUCAUAACGUCUCUGAGGCCGAUGUUGGCUUCUAUUCCUGCUUCCUGCACACUUUCCCACAAGGACAUUGGGAGAAGGUGAUCCAGGUGGUUGCCUCAGAUAGCUUUGAGAUCGCCGUGCCGUCAAGGAAGCACAUUGUCUCAGAACCUGGGAAAAAUGUCACACUCACCUGUCAGCUUCCACAGAAGGGGCCAAUACAGCACAUUACAUGGGAAAAGAUCCAGCCCCAUCAGAUUGACCUCUUGACUAGCUGCAACUUGUCUCAAGGGAAAGGUUAUGCUUCAAAGUACCAAAGACAGAUACUGAGCAACUGUAGUCAGGGCAUGACAAGCUCCUUCAUUGUCAUGCCCCACGUCAUGGCCUCUGACUCAGGACUCUACCGCUGCUGCUUCAAGGCCAGCACAGGGGACAAUGGAACCUUGGAAACAAUCGCAAUGAGGUUGACUGUAACCGAUGGUAAAACUGAUAACCAAUACACUCUCUUUGUGGCCGGAGGGGCAGUUUUAUUGUUGCUGUUUGUUCUAAUUACCACGGUCACCGUCAUUUCUUAUAAGAGGAGAAGGAGUCAGAAGAAACUAUUUAAAGACUCCUGUGAUGCACAGAAUAAGGCAGCCAACAACUACAGAAAUCCCGACUCUACCAAUCAGUCAUCGGAUGGUGCAAGAGAGGAUAUUUAUGUCAACUACCCAGCCUUCUCUCAGAGGCCAAAGACCAGAAUCUAAGCAUUUUCCUUGAGCUGAGCAGAUUUAUGAUGACUAUUUUAUAUUAUUUUUUUCCCACUACUCGGUGCCUACCCUGGAUACUAGUUGGCUACAUUUAUUUAAUUUGAUAGGAAAAAUACCUUAUAACUUGAAGAACAUUCUUAGCAGAAAUGUUUCAGAAACCCUGAUUCUCAUUAGUAUAUACGUAAGGGGAAACUCACUGAGUCAUGUAAUGGAACAAUCCAGGGGGGAUCCAGCUUCAGACAAGAGUUAUUUCCGAAGGUUUAAAUGUCACAUAUUGGAUUAAGUAUGGGCAUAAACCUGUUUCUGGGUCUCCUUUCGUGGUGUUGGAUCCACUGUAUUGGUGUUAGCCUAACUCUUAUUCACGUGUUUCCUUGUGUUUCCAACAACUCUUGGCGAUUCGCAAUCCUUGUUUCUGCCUGGUAGAGAGUUUACUUCUCUGAUAAAGUAAAUGGAUUCGGUUAUUUGACCAUCACUGAACAGCCAUCAUGACUGGAAAGGAUGAAAUGGCUUAAGUAAAUUAAGGGUUCACCUCUAGAACAAGGACUGAGGCCAAAGCACAUUACCAGGGAAUUCAGAGUAUCAUUAGAGGAGGGAGAUGGGGAGAUGUUGGCUGGUGACCAACAAAUGUGGACUGCAAGCCAUUUCCAAACAUAAUGUUGACCAACUGAGAAGAGAACAUGUGGAUGGAUCUGGGUUAGCGCUCUCUCCCCCCACUUUAAAAUCUGCUCUAUCAGCAUAGUCCAGAAGAGUAGUUGGCAGCAGAAAUAAAUGAAUGGUCAAGAGGAAGACAAAUAGAACACGGAAAUCUCUUCCUUUUCUAUUAUCAAAUGAAGGAAUCCCUGAUUCUGCCUGGAAUUCUUUCCACUCUCUCUGGCUUAGCUUUAUGAGCAAGUGUAGUACAUGGUCCAAUAAUAACUUCAUGUUUUUGAUAUUGAAUUUUUCUACGUUUGAGAACUAUUUUAAAUAUGUGAAGUCUCUCAAAAGAGUCAGGCAUCUAGGCAUUAUCAAUUGUUUUUCUUUUUUAAUAAUUAUGGGAAAUCUGAAUAUAAGAAAAAGAAUGUUAGUUGCAAGUGUGGUUUGGGUUAUGGUAGAAACAUGAUGGGGAGGAACUUUGGAGGCCUAUAGGGAAGGAGGAACAGGGAACAAAGAAGAAUGGGAAGAUACAGAGAGAACUUUGUCUUCCUUUACAGUUUGGUCAAAGACAACCGUAGUGAUGUCAAUACACAGUAGUUAGUGGCUGUCCUGCCAUUGUCCACAAUCUAGAUGGGGUCACACAAUGAAAAGUAGUUCUGAAGCUAAAUAAGGAUCAUGAUCACCUUGAAACCACAGUGGUCAUUACCAAAGAGAGUGAUCAUUCAUGUCUCAAAUAUUUAUUACUCAUCUCUAAAACAUUCACCACAAAAAUUGCAUGUAAGUAUCAAAGUUGUAGGUUUUUAUGAUAAUUUUAAGUGAACCAAAACCAAAUUCUCAUGGUAUCUAGGCAGAUUUAAAGCUGCAAUUUACAGUCUUAAGUGAGUCAAUGGAUAUUUUAUGAUGAUAGCUUUAACUGCUGUGUGCACCCAAUAGAGCAAUGAUUCUGUGAAUCGCAGAAAUUGUGGGUGCCCCUGCCGGCUUCAAAAGAGAAAAAGCAGAAAUGUCCACUCUCAUGAGGUAUUUCCAAAUUCUCAGUGACUAAUAUGGGUGAGGAGGAAAGCAUUUCUACCAAUGCAAUAUGGGGAAAUGAAAAUCCCACUUGAACAGAGAAGAUGAUGGGGUGUGGGGGGGGGUGCCGGGUACAAAGUACAACCAGAUGCCACUGUCCUGGGAGUUUCCCUCAUGGAAGAUUCUACAGCAGAACCUGCAGACCAUUUAAAACCGGUCUCUUUUCCCAUGCAUGUUUUGCUUUUUCUUUAACCUGUCACUCAGAAUAUUUAUGAGAACUAUAUCCUCUGUCCCUCUUCUUCAUGUAUUCCUCCUCUGCAGAGCUCAGGAUUUUUCAGGCAUUUAAUACUCUUCUUAGUCCUGCUGGAAUUUCUCUGCACCCCCCACCGACCCCACCACUGGUCCUGUUACACUCUCAGCUGUUCAUGCUGAUGAAAUUCUACUCACUAAGGCUCUUUCCCUGGACAUCUUUACUUACUAAUGAAGCACUUUCAUUAUUGUCUGUUCAACAUUAUUCCUAAUUAGCUAGAGUUUUAUAACUCUCAUAUAUAUAUACACCUACUAUAGAAAUAAUACAUGGUAUGUAUAGUAUAUUGUGUGUGUAUAUGUGUUACACACACACACACUUAUGUGUGUGUAUUUUACCCUAAUCUGUUGUACUAAGGAAACCAAUCAAAACUGUUCCAUAGAAUAAAAGGUCAGAAUUGAAUUAAAUUAUGUUUUAAAUCUUUUUCGAAAGGUGCUACUUAGGGAGCAAGAUGCUUCCUUGCAUUCUUUUUUACAUAUAUAAUUUAUGAUGAUAUAUAAUAUAUUACAUAAAAAUCUAUGUUUCCUUUGAAUGCCAUAAAUGUACAUUUGAAUAUUUACAUGAAAGUAACCAAUUAAAGGGAAUUGCUGUGUGAUGACAAGUUAGGUAAGUUUGUUAAAUGUCAUUACAGAGUGUGCAGUUUUGUUGAGGAAAGAACACAUGCCAUUAACCUACGAUGACUAAGUAUUGAUUCUGUUAUCAUCAGAGAGACCUUGAGAAUUGAGACAUUAUUUAAAGGCCUUUAUGCACACUAAGAAAAUAGAAUUGAAAUUUCAUUAGCUUGUAAUUAUGCUUAUGGAUGCGAGGCAGCAGAUGAAGCUAUAUUCUUUAGUUAGUAAAUAUUACACUUGUAGGAUUUUUAAGGAAGUCAAUUUAUUACUAAAAUAUUAUAUGUAUACAUUUAAAAUACAUUGACUAUCAAUUUACAAGUCAAAGGAAGAUAAAAGUAAUUUUAGUAGGUUUACUUUCAUUGUAAAUAUUCAAGUUAUGUUGAUUUAUAUAGAACUAUCUUAAGUCACAUCUGCAGCUGUGUUACAGUAAUUCACCAAACUGGUAGAGUCCACAUUGUAAGUAGAAAUUGCUGUGAUCAACGUGCUUCUCCUCGAUUUAUAAUAAUGUGCUAUAUUCUGUGCUGCUUGUAUGACAUUUCAGCAAGACUGGAGCUGUUGCAGAACUCAAUGUUUAUAAAGUUCAGAUGGAGGCACUUAAUUGUGAGUACAAUCUUUAGCUUCUUUCCACAAUAGUGAAAAAACAUCUUUGGGAAAUAUAAAGUGACGCCAACUUAUAACACAGGUAUCACCAUUAGUUUGGCCACUAUUAGAACUUAGUGCCUAGAAAGUGUUGACUUUCAUGUUCAGGCUUUUGCAUAAAUUAAUAUAUGUUUCCACUGGUCAUUUCACUGGAAUUAUUUUAAGUCAAGUCUCUGGGCUCUUACAGUUUUAUCUGAAACAUAAAAUCAAGCAUUUUAAAAAACUUUUCUAUUGCUCAUGACUCAUAUGUAGAGCUGUGGCUUCUAGAAUUUGCUGCAAUACUUUCUAAGGGAAUUUUACAAAUCUUCAAGGUUGGUUUACAUAGUAUUUCAGAUUCAAAGCACUAACUGUGUUGGAAGGGGUGGUCAUAAAAGACCUAAUCUGGGGAUCUGUGUGAUGAAUGUCUGCAGUAAUUCCCAUGUAUUGCCUAUUGUCCCUGUUUGAAUGAUGAGUAAUAUAAUCACCCUGUGUAGAACAUUUUUUUUCCAGUUUUAUGUGUAAUUUCAGAUUCUCUGGUUUUGUAAGGCAUUCAAUGUCCUUGACAUACUGAAUUCUGUUGUUUGAAUGAAUAAAGUGCAGUGUUUCACCAUCAUUAGUUUUAUUUGCCAUCAAGGAAUAUUAGGAAAAAGUCCUCUAAGAGGAAUAAUAUUAACAUAAAGAGUUAAAUGUAGAAAAAAUUCAAACCACUGAGGCUUUAUAACUUCAAUAUCAAUGCAACGUUCAGUGCAUUUUUGAAGUGCAUGUAGUUCAAAAUCAAAUUGCUGUAUGAGGGGUUUUUGGAAAAAAAAAUGUUGUUUCUCGCCCUUCACAUUUUCCCUCCAUUGAGACAACAGAUUUCACUUCCUCCAAUUACUUUGUUUUUUGCUACUUUUCUGAAGAGCAGGUUAUAUCACUAGAUUUUUUUUUCAAUUUUAGACAUUAUUUACUGAUGUGGAUGCUUUCUUCUCCAUGAACUCACCACACCUUUCUCAUGUGCCCACCCUUCCAAAAGAUUUGUAUUAAAAUUGAGUUAUUUCA